ACAACUGUUUUACUUUUUGAAGCAGCUCGUUUGUUGACUCGUUCAAAAGCGAAACAAGGUUAAAUUCAAGUUAGCUAAACACGAUGGGUUGCUUUCAGAGUUGCUUAGAGAGCUCUAGUAAAAGCAUCGCUAGCGAUUAUAACUGUGCUGUUUCAGAGUGCGACUUUAAGGUUUGCUUACAAGACAAAUGGCGAACUCAAGAAGCAGUUGAGCUUAUAGUCAAAAGACUACAAAGCGAAAGACAUGCGGAAAACGACAGACUAUCAAACAGAAGAGAAGAAACAGUCAAAAAUUUUCAGCCGAAUGAUCUCUCCACUGUUUUGUCGACACCAAUAAUGAAACCAGCUGUUUCAAGUGAAAAAAUGAAGGACCAUAUUGUUGCAUCUACAAAGAAGGGUAAUUUAUUGGACAAUAGUAGUAAGAAGGAAAAGAGGCAGAGCCAAACUUUACAAAGUACGACGCAAAACCAGAUGGCUCAAAACUUUUCUACACUUUCCUUGCCAAAUGCUGACGAUUUGCUGCUCUCAGUUAGCGAAUCCCCCUUUCACGCAAUUAGAGACAAAUCGACUAAUCGAGGCAGGACAGUUGUAAAGAAGAAGAAAUUAUCACGAGCUAGACGAACUUCGACCAGAAAGACCGAUUCAACAAACUCUUGGAAAAGAUAUCGACGAGAGGAUUCAGUACCAAUUACACUCAUCAAAGGAAAAGUGCUUGUAAAAUGCUUUCCAAACACAAUGGCUAAUAAAACAAGACUUUGUUUAUCGUCCGGUUUGAUAAAGGAUACUAACGCCGGUUCAAAGAGAGAGAAAUACCAAUCUUUCCGCACUAAACAAACGAAACAGGAAACUAGAAUCUCAAACCAAAAAUGUUCAAGUAAUUCUGUAGGAAAGGUAGUUGCAGCUUCUAAAAAGGAUUUGUCAAGAGAAAGCGCUAAAGAACUUGCUCAAUGUCAUUGUGAGAUGAAAUCUACAUCGCUAGAAGACCCGUCGAAAGCACCCGAUUCUACUACAUGUAAUGGAAGUGACAUUAUAGCUUGGAACAGUUCUGCUCGAGAAGAUUCAGCCAAGACAUGCCGAAGAUGUCAAACGACCGGAUGCUGGAAAAUGAUGGAGCUAGAGCGACAACGACUCGUUGAGACAAGGAGACAGCAAAGAGUGAAAGAAAAUGCGUCUAGAAAAAUCCAAAGAAACAAAUAG